AUGGUUGGAAACUGCUUGUUCUACCGACAAUGGUUAUACAGUACACUGUAAUUAACCACUGUUUGUCUAGGUUUAGAUGACAUGGCAAGUUAUGGUUCUUCUAAAAUGCAAGUGAAAGCUUCUCAUCUCCUCAUAGCCAGAGCAUGAAGGGGAUGCAUUUGAGCCCUAAGACUUACCUAGGCUUAUUUAUGCAGUGCUAAAUGUUGUGUUAUGUCUGAACCAGCCCAGUGAAAGAGAGGCAUGGGAAUUUGCCCCAUGUGAUUAGAUAAUUAGAUUGGGAUUCUUGUGAUCUUGUGCAUGGAAAGUAUUUCAGGAUAUGUAAUUAUUAUGGAAAAUGACCCUCAAGUUGGUGAACAAUCGCAUCAUUUUUUUGCUCACUUUUUCAAUGUGUACCUACUGUAUACAUCUUUACAUGUGUAUGUUGAUUAUUCCUGUGAUUCUUCCCUUUUGAGAAUGUGAGUUGUUGAUUCCGUUUGGAUACCUCAAGGACCUCCUCUCUCCAUAUGAAGCUACAUGGACCAUGAGACCACCCUCUGAGGCCCUUCUUCAUGUGCCUCCUCCACAAGAGGGUGGCAACAUGAGAACAGGCCUUUUUUUGCAGUGGCUCCCUUGUUUGGAAUGCUCUCCCCAGGGAAGCUCUCUGGGCACCUUCAUUAUAUACCUUGAGACACCAGGGAAAAACAUUCCUCUUUAACCAGGCCUUUGGCUGAUUGACAUCCAGUGCCCUUUUACAGUACUGUAAAUAUGUUGCGAAAGAGGGGGUUAUUGGUUUCUUUCGGUUUUUAUUUCUAUUGUGCAUUUUAUAUUUUUUAUAUUGUAAUUUUAUGCUGUGAACUGCCAUGAGAUCUACAGUUAGAGAGGGUGGCAUAUGAAUUUAUUUAUUUACCAACAACAACAACAACAUUUUCUCUUGGUUAAAUAAGAUAUUUAAAACUUAACAAUGUUGAGUCAAGAAGGGGUUAAAUACAGCAACGAAUAGGUUCUCGAGUAGAGCGCAAAACCGACUUGCUCUGAUACAUGUUUUUAAGACAUUCCAGGAAUGUCCAUAUUAUUUAUUUCCUUGCAUCUGAGCAAACUCCAGGCUCCGGCUAUAGGCAUGCCAUCUCUUGUUUUCUGUAUGUGCUGGGCUGCAGGGACUCUUAAUGUGAAAUAUGUAUAUGACUCACCAUCUGGGCUUAGAUAGGGGGUGGAGAAUUCGAUUGCAAGAGCACAAACAAUUUUAACUGUCAGCUAUUCUGCUUGGUUUUGUCCACGUUCUUUAUUAAAUGUAGAUUUCAAGAUUUUGACCUGAUUUUGACCAGUUGGGACCGUUUUCUGACAUCUAGGUAAGUAGACGAUAUUUAAUUUGCUCUCAAAAUGUAUCUGUCCCUAUGGGAACCUGAUUCCGAUAAUAGAAUUUGAUACUGUUUAGAUCAGUGUUUCAAUUGUUCAGAGCUUUUGUGAUUAUAGCCAAAGCUUAGAAGAUUUGUUAAAAAAUGAAAAGAAAAAACAAGCAAAUGUGUGAGGUUUCUGGUGUCUUAAAUGCAGAUUACUGUAUAUAAUUAAGAUGUGUGAAAAUAAGAAUUGUGGUUAAGUCCCAAAACUGGCAUUUUUAAGAACUGGAAAAGUUCAGUGUGUGUAGUUAUAAAAGGUUCCCCUGUAAAGCCAAAAUUGUUUGCUUUGGCAUAUAGAAAGCAUCCUGUUUUAUUUUGUGCUGGAACAAAGUCCCUGCUCCAUGUUUAGUGCAGGCCUCUGGAUAGCUGCCAGAGAUCAACGUAAAACCGGCAGCAAGCAUUGUGUACAGUUUCUCACAAUCCUUUGUUAAAACAUUACGGAAAUCUGUUAAUAGGUCUUCUACAAUCCAUAAACAGCUUACAGUGUGGUGUUUUGUGGAGGUUUUUUUUUUUUUGCAGUCCCCAUAGGUAGAAAUCCCAACAUUGUUUAUCCUGAUUCCUGUCCCAUGGGGAAAAAAAUAGGAUAGCUGUUCCGGUUGUUUUGUGUGCUGCACCUUUAAUUAUUUAUUUCUAUUUUUUAAAUAUAUAAUAAUUUUUAUUAGUUUUCAAUUACAUUCCAAUAAUAGCCUCAUUAUAACAAUACCAAUUUAUAAUACAGUCAUACCUCGGGUUACUGCCGCUUCAGGUUGUGUUUUUUCAUGUUAAGAACGCGGCAAACCCGGAAGUGUUUACUUCCAGGUUUCACCCCCGUGCGCAUGCGCAGAAGCGUUCUGUGCGCUUCGUGCAUGCGCAGAAGCGCACUUUCAGGCAUGCGCAGAAGCGCCGCUCUAGUUACGGACUUUUCGGGGUCUGAACAGCACCAAGGAACGGAUUGUGUCCGUAACUAGAGAUACCACUGUACAGCUACUAAUACCAAUUGUUCAAAUACCGAAUUAUAUAAUUUAGGUGGCCCCCUGCAUGCUAGAAUUAAUGGUUUGAUUAUUUUCUUUAUUUCUGUGUUCUAAAAUCUUACUAAUUUCAAUUACAUUUCUAUUUUAAUUCUAUUUUAUUUUUAAAUGUGUUUUUGAGGUACGUACGAGGAAUCCCAGGGAUUCUUACAAUUGCAUCAUGUUGAUUCCAAAUCUAUAUAUAUAUAUAAAUGUAGAAGGUCGGUGUUUGUUAUUCCACACCUUUCUUCACAACCGCUUGCCCGAUCGCCCUCAACUUUGCCCACAACAUCAGAGUCACAUGUAGGGGUGUAACCAUCCACUUACAUUGACCAGAUGACACACCUAGGACAGGUAGAAACCUGGAUUUCUGUACAAAAAAGUGCUCCCUCCAGUGGACAUCCCGGGAAGCUGGGAAAUAGAAGGCAGAAGAGGUUGCAACACAGCGCCCUCUAGUGGCAGCUAAACACGUCAUCUGGAAGCAGCCACAGAGCCAAACAAUUUCCCCAGAGAUAGGAAUUCUGGAGCCUGGGAGCAAUUGCUGGAAAGGCCCUAUCUUGCACAGUCACCAGUUUUACCCCAGAUGGCAAGAUGGCUCAGAGAUGGACCUCGGAUGAAGAUGUGCUUGAACUGCUCAUCUUGGUUCUAUCCUGCAUCUCCAUCAGGACACAUUUUCGUUUAUUUUCUUUCUAGUGUAUUUCUAGAAUGUCUUUUUAACAACAGAACAGAACUAUUUUAUCCCCGCCCCACAUUACCUAUACUUAUACAUAUACCUAUACUUAUGGAAAUUUAAAUUACCGUAUACUGUAUUGUGGAAAGUGAUUGAGGUGUUGAACUAGCUGGGUCACAGGAAACCGAGGUUCAAAUCUCCAAUUCUGCCAUGAAGUUCCGGGUGACCUUGGGCCUAGCUUUUGGUGUAAACUACCUUCUUAGGAUUGUUGCAAGGAAAAACAUGGGGAAACAGGGCAUGAGUCACAUUGAAAACAUGACCAUGUAUUUUCUGCCCUGAACUCCUUGGGGAAAAGAGGGCGUAUGCAUCAAAUAAACAAAUGGAGUCAUUUCAGUUGGUUGUGUCUAGUUCUUCUCUUGGCUUCUGCUGGUUCUAGGGUGGAUUUGCCUGGUUUUGUUAGGAUUUUAGCUGCUUGAGUGGGUAGUAUAACCACAUAGUUUCAUCUAAAAUUUAUGUUGAUUGUUGUUGUUUUAUUAUUUAUACCCCGCCCAUCUAGCUGGGUUGCUUUGCAUCGAGCUGUUUAUGAGCUUUGCACCGCACAGUAACUGAAUUGGUGACAUCUUCCGUGCUGUAGUUUAUUUCUAAGUUUAUUAUGGCAUUUUUAGGGCCGGAUAACCUUUCACAUUAUCUUUUGAAAUAAUUGCCAGUGGGGGGGAGGGGAUAGGGAGCUGCAGUGAGUGAAAGAGGGUGGGACUGUUCACACAAUCUCUGGAAUCGGAUCCAAACCCAAGUAGAUUACAAGAGCAUGUGCAGAUGUAAAAGAAGAGUCAGCUAUCCGUACAAAGUUUCUCUCACGACACCCUAGCCUUUUGGUUGGAGCAGUGGCUACUCCCCACAUGCGCAGUUGCAAGCGCACACUUAUGAUUUUAUUGCAUGUAUCCCACCAUCUUCUCCAAGGAGCUCAAAGUGACGCACAAGGUUCUCCCCUUCCUCCCCACAACAACCCUGCGAGGUAGGUUAGGUUGAGAGGCGUUGACUGUCCCAAGGUCACCCAAUGAACUUCAUGGUCGAGUGGGGAUUUGAACCCUGGUCUCCCAGGUUCCCGUCCGACACUCAAGCCGCUAUGCUACUCUGGCUCUCUCAUGCUUAGCAGCUGGAACUGGAUAGAGAAUGAAGGUGGAGGCGAGAGAAAAGUACAGAAAGAGAAUGGAAGAGAGGAAAUGGAUGGCAGAUAGACUGAUCCACACGAUACAUUUAAAUCGCACCCAGUGCACAGAGGUUCCUGGGGGCCGUAGUUUGUUAAAGAGGCUGGGGAUUAUAGCUCUGUGAAGGAUAAACUACGUAAAUUAAGAAGGGGGACAAAAGUUAAAUGUUUUUUUAAUAAUAAUAAGCCUGGGCAUAGAAAGGUGGGAUUAAGGCAUGCAAGGUAAUCGUGGAAGGGGAAAAGAAAUGACAGGACAAGACUAGAAACACUUUGAGAUGUAAGUGCAAAAGUAAUACUAGAAAGCAAGGAUCGGCUAUCUCGGCUUAGAAUAGCAAGGAUCAAGAGCAGUGUGCAAGCUGCAGAAUUCUCCUCCCCAGUGCAGCUGUUGUUUCCUGUGUUUUUGGAGGGAUGGGGUACAAGGGACUGUGCUGGGAAGGAAUAUUGGGUCUUGAUCAGAAAUUCCUGCACAUGUUGAUGCAGAAUCCUGGAUCCAGGUUCAGAUCUUGCCAUUCACCUGCUCUGUGCAUGACCUUAGACCAGGCAUCCCCAAACCUCGGCCCUCCAGAUGUUUUGGACUACAAUCCCCAUCAUCCCUAACCACUGGUCCUGUUAGCUAGGGAUCAUGGGAGUUUUAGGCCAAAACAUCUGGAGGGCCGCAGUUUGGGGAUGCCUGCCUUAGACAUAUCAUGCUCUCUCAGGCUGUGUACACACUCUUGUUUACUCUGCAUCCAGUGUGCUCUCACUGCUGAUUUGGGAAGCAGUUUCAACAUGGUGUUAGGCACAACCCAUAUCCAUUCUGUAUCUGUCCUGUCAUUUCUUAUUAAAUACUGUAUUUUGAUGUGUUUCCCCCUAAGCCAGCUUCAUUCUGAAUUGAGAAAAAGAACAACUUAGGUCCAUUCUAAGCCAGUGAUGUGUCUGCAGCCUCUUGUCUAACUGGCAUCACAGGGUUGUUGUGUGAAUAAAAGGGGAGGGCAUCUAUUGCUGCCCUGAGUUCCUUGGAGGAAAAGUGAGAUAAAAAAAAUGAAAUAUAUACAUAAUUAGCAUUGUUGUUGUCAUCGUUUCUAAAGGAUCUAAUAAUUUGUAGUUUCUUCAUUGGCAAACUUUUGGAAUUGAACAAUAUAUGUUUGUGCUAUUUCACCCUGUUAAGAAAUAUGGGAGGGAAGGCUUUGGGGAAUACUGCCAAUGACAGCUACAUUGUUCUUUCUCUCAGUUUGGAUCAAAGUUGGUUUGAGGGGAAAUACAGUGUUUCUCAAGAAACAACAAAGUAGAUAAGGGAUUGUGACAUAUGUACUCUUGCUUCCCAGAACUCACUGGAUGCCAAGUAAAUGGAGCACAGCCUCAGUUACUACAAACCUUCCUGGGAAAACAAGAAGUCAAAGGAGGUCUUGUUUAAUGCAAACAUGCUGUUUUGCAUAAUUCUGUGUGCUUACAAUGAAUGACCCAUUCUCCACUGAUCUAUUUCUCUCACUCACAAUCCCCAUCUCCAAAGGCACAAUUUCUUACGCUCAGCUGAGUCCUCCUUACACACACAUACACACACACCACUGACUACUGAAGGCUUGGUGCUCAUUGACCGAAAAUAGCUCCUCCUGCUACUGGUUUCAGCCCGCCCUGGCUGUGAUGCUGCAGAUGUCAAGUAAGGAUAAGGGGGUGACUGUAGGCGUGAGAGAUGCAGGGAUAAAGAAGAAAAACCAUUGCAGCCCACAGACUUUUUAUAUGCCACGUAGUGAGUAACUCUGUGUUAAAAGGGGGGGGACCACAGUGGCAUUCAGAGGGUGACCUCAAGUCCCCCUCUGCCUCUUGGUGCAAAUUAUGUUUCUAGGGCACAGUUUUAAGGUUAUCUAUACAGAAACUGAAUAAUAUGUCAACUGUGUGAUUAAGUCUUGCUAACAUUAAACCGCUAGAUGCAGACUAGGAAAAGCCAUUGGGUAUUUCAUUAGACUUCCAGAGUGGUGUUAAAUAUUGUUCAUGUAAUAUUGUGGUCCAUGUUGGCAGUUAACACAGCAAGCCUUAGGAUAUUCCCCCUGCCCCCCAGCACCAAGCCAUGUGGUAACAGCUGUUUCCUAUAUUAAAAUUGGACAGAGGAACACUGUUGUUGGUUUUUCUGUACACAUUAUAACUUUAAAGCACAUUCGAAGCGCAUUCUUUCUCUCAGAGGUCUGGGCACUUUAGUUUACCCCCUCAUAGAAUUCCUAGCAGCCCUUAACAAACCAGCCCUAUUCUACAAAUGUAUACUGAAAAGUGAGUCCUACUGAAUUUGGUGGCACUAGGGAUUGCAAGCUCAGUAAACUUUAUAGCAGGGAUGGGGAAUCUGGUGCUCUUAAGAUGUUACUGAACUGCAACUCCCAUCAUUCCUGAAUAUUGGCCCUGCUGGCCGGGGCUGAUGGGAUAUAGGUGUGGGCCACUUCCCUUAGGCCACAUCAGGUAGAGAGCUUUCUUCCAGAUGCAACCCUCAUUACCAUUUCUUCCUUACAGGACUUUUCUCCAGAUGGGCAGUCACUUUGAAUUACGGAUGCCUCAAAUGAGUAUUAAUCGUGCCACUGGAAUGGAACGAUCAAGCAAUCAAGAACCUUGUCAGCUGGCCGAAAACAUGACUUCUACAAUCCAUGAUCUAGGAGAAAGCAGCCAGAAACAGUGUGGGCAAACCGUGACCAUGUCUCCACUAUGCAGAAAUCAUGAUCAUGCAGAGUUCAGAUAUGCUUCCUACCCAGCAAGUCCUCAGUGUUCUAACACUCUUGAAGACACCAAAGGCAUUUUCUUCCAAGUGGGGAGUAAAAGAAACCUUGAGUAUUACACUACUAGCCAAGAGCAGUUUGGGAGCGGUUGUAGCAUCUUGAGCAACAGUACGCAAGUCCAAGCACCAGAGAAAGUGACUCUUGUCGUCGAUGGCACUAGAUUUGUCGUAAAUCCCCAGAUUUUCACAGCUCAUCCUGAUACUAUGUUAGGAAGAAUGUUUGGACCAGGACGAGAAUAUAACUUCACUCGGCCGAACGAGAAGGGUGAAUAUGAGAUUGCGGAUGGAAUCAGCUCCACGGUGUUCCGGACUGUGCUGGAUUAUUACAAAACUGGAACCAUUAACUGUCCCGAUGGGAUUUCUAUUCCGGAUCUCAGAGACACAUGUGACUACCUUUGCAUCAACUUUGAUUUCAACACAAUCAAAUGUCAAGACUUAAGUGCAUUAUUGCAUGAGCUGUCCAAUGAUGGGGCUCACAAGCAGUUUGACUGCUAUCUGGAAGAGCUGAUCGUGCCUAUAAUGGUGGGCAAUGCCAAGAAGGGAGAACGCGAGUGUCACAUUGUGGUGCUAACGGAUGAAGACAUAGUGGACUGGGAUGAAGACUACCCACCUCCAAUAGGAGAAGAAUACUCACAAAUUCUAUAUAGUUCUAAGCUCUACAGAUUCUUCAAGUACAUUGAGAAUCGGGAUGUAGCGAAAACGGUUUUGAAAGAACGUGGCCUGAAAAACAUCCGAAUUGGCAUUGAAGGUUACCCCACCUGUAAAGAGAAAGUGAAGAGGAGGCCUGGAGGGCGCUCGGAAGUUAUCUAUAAUUAUGUGCAACGCCCAUUCAUCCAGAUGUCAUGGGAAAAGGAAGAGGGAAAGAGUCGCCAUGUUGACUUCCAGUGCGUUAGAAGCAAAUCUCUAACAAACCUCGUGGCAGUGGGGGAAGAUGUGGCGGAAGACCAGGACGUUAUGCUACAUCACCCACCCCAGGUGGAUGAACUUGACAGACUCAAUGCACCAUUUUCUCAAAUGGAUCCUAAUGAGCUUCCAGAAUAAUGUAGCUAAAGUGCAGUGUUUUCUCAAAUGGAUUUGGUUGAUUGACUGGCUGGCUCAGGACUGAACAUCCAGAUCAGCCUGCUGCUAGUUUUCAUACAACUGGAUCUCUUAAAAGCUAUUGCAUUACCAUAAUUGCUCUGUUCUCUAAAUACAGUCUACAUAAGUAGAAAGGACUAGUGUUAUUACAUCAUUUGCUGAGGCUUCCCAAGUAUUCUCCAAUGAGAACGUUUACAUCUCAGCCUGUCAAAGAACAGAAAUAAAAUGUUCUUAUUGAAUUGGAAUAAAUACGGUGUAAAUAUACAUACAGUUCUGUGUUAAUGCUUAGCAGCCAUCGCUUUGUUACAAAUAGGCCAAGCUCUAUAGCAAUAAUGACUUCACCGUCAUGGGACAAUUAUCAGUAAGAAUAAAUAACUAUGCUUCCCGACAGUUGGCUGCAGCUACACAACGGAUAGCCUAUGCAGUCCAGUGUUGUUGCUUUUUAAGUUUCCUUUUCAGUAGCUGUCCCACCAACUCCUUAAAUUGCUUCUUAAUCUCCAGGACCUGCUGGGAAGAGAUUGAAAACUGAUUCAGAGGCAUACCAAACAAGUUCACUCUGAGUCAUCAGUUUUCAAGAAACCAAAUACAGUGGUGCCUCGCUAGACGAAUUUAAUUCGUUCCACGGGUCUUUUCUUAUAACGAAAAAUUCAUCUAGCGAAUCCCAUAGGAAUGCAUUGAAUUUUUUUGAAUUUUUUUUUGCCCAUAGGAACGCAUUAAUUGAAUUUCAAUGCAUUCCUAUGGGAAACCGCGAUUCGCUAGACGAAUUUUUCAUAAAAUGAAUUCGUCUAGCGAGGCAACCUCCGCUCGAAAAAUCCUUUCGUUAAGCGGAAAUUUCGUUAAGCAGGGCAUUCGUUAAGCGAGGCACCACUGUACCAGUCUCCACUACAAAAUGUUGCGUUUUCAACUCAAGGCACAGUUGCUCUGCCAUCCUAAUACUUUAAAAAAAAAACCCUAACAGAUCCAGACACAAGUUAUUGCAUUAGUGAAUCCCAUAAAAGUUGUGAUUUUAGGCAAGUUUACCAAGGAGUAAAUCCUAUUGAAAACUGCGGGACUUUUCUUUCAACUAAACUUGCAUAGGAUUGUGCUGCAAGUCUUCUGAAAAAGGGUUAAAGUUCUUUAUAUUCAGCCAUACAAAUGAAGAAGUGUUUCUACAUGUUAUACCUGUAACUUGCUCUCUAUUAUGACUCUCGUAAAUUAGUAGGAAUAAUUUUUAAGGUUAUGGUGAGUGCUGAAUCCUCCUGGAUUCGGCAACAAAGCCAAGUGCAGAGUGCUUUGCACAGUACAGAUGUAUUGCAUAAACAUUACGAUGUUUUAUCAGCAUAGCCCUGCCAAUCUUCUCUAUUUUGUGUUACUUACUUGGAUCUGUUCCAGAACUCUCAUCUUGCUGCCACCUGCAUGAAAUAUAAUACUGUAUUGAACCUCUUCAAAUGUUCAACAGCACAAGGUGUUAGUGCUGCAGGGGCCGUACUACUUCACAAUGUGUGUAGCGGAAAUGCCUGUCUUGAUUUUGGAUGAUGUUUAGCUUUAAUGGCUGCAAUAGAAAUUGUGAUUUAGGAUUGCUGAUGGGAGGGGCAGAGGGGAUGUUGCUCUUCGGUGCCAGGAUGUUCGGAUCAUUACCAACCUUGUAAUGUUUUUUUAAAAAGUUUGGUGGGAUUUAAGAUUUUAUAAUAAAAUAUGCCCCAAGGUUAAAAGUUCCUAACAUGAAGAAAGCUAGCACUUCUCACCAGUAUGUUAGCUUUCAGUGUACAGGGAGAUUUUGAUGGGUUAGCUCAGGGAAACAUGCCGGUAGUUAGAAUGGGAAUUGGCUAUUAUGUGAGUUAUGCACUGUAGUUAUACCUGCCCAUUACAUUAAGGUGCUUCAAAAGCUUAGCCCAUCCUCUGCAAAGUAGAGAAAAAACUUUUGACACAAUCUUACUUUUGAAGAAUCUUACUGCAGAAGAAAGCAAAUACACACUUGAAGUCCUGAAUUUUCAGCAACUUAAGUGUGAUUUUAGAACAGGUUGUGUCUAAUCCUGGUCUGAAUUAACAUGUAGAGGACUUUGCAACUAUCAGCACCUGCAAUUAUAUACUU